UCAGAAAUCAAAUCAGUCCGAGGCUGAAGUGUCGAGGGGAAGGUUACGUUAGUCGAGAGUUUGUGACAGCAUCACAGAAAAUGUGUCCGAUUGUGUUUCAUUUACCAGUUAUAAUUUGAUUAAUUGUGUAAAUAAUGUGGUAUUCAUCGUUGUCGGUUUCGAAGAAUGUGUAGUGACCAUGGGCCAAUCUGUGAAGUUUGUGUUCCAUGUUUGGUGUUGUGUUUUGGUUAUGUUCAUAUGUGCAGUUAUGUGUAUGGUUACUGAAGAGGAGGGGUGCGGCGGCAUCAGGAGCUGUUUGAAGUGCGACACGCGCAACUCCAGCGACGUGAAGUGUGUCAAGUGCCGUCAGCUGAUAGUCCUGGGUAGCCGACAGUGUGUGGAGUCUUGUCCGCCCGGAUACUCGCAAGAGUGGAGCACACUCAUCGACUACAUGGGCAAAGUCUGCAGAGAGAGCCUGUUCCUGGGAGGUAUCGCGCUGUCGGGGCAGACCCUGGCCGUGGUGGUGGGGUCUCUGGCGGGAGCUGUCAUAUGCCUGGCACUGGUACUGACGGCUGGGGUCUGUGUCAAGUAUCGCCGCUACCGCACUCUCCGCGAGAAAGCCAGGCAAAGUCCCAGUCUCGGACAUCUCACAGGCACUCAGAGGAGUCAAGAUAGCGACGACAGUGAGAGACCAGAGUUCUUGAAGCAUCUCUCCUCGCUACGCAGUGACGCUCCGGUGUUCCUAGCGAUGCUGAACGAGACAAGACGACAGGUCAGGGAGCUGCGGCGGCCCAACAGACAAGAUUCCACCAUUCAGGCUUACAAGCCAGUCCUGAAGGAUCUGUCCAGGAUUCUAAUCCUGCUCAACAGGCGGGAGGAGAGACUGGGACCCCCUCCUCCGGACUGGGAGACACUAUUGGCCUGGGGGGAAAGAGUACUAAGGAGAUACAAGAAACACAAUCCGAACCAGGUUGCUCAGCUGGUGAACUUCCUGCAGGUGCCAGUACAGACGCACCCUUCUCCUCCCUCUCCGUACCCUCCCACUCUUACUACUUUCACUCCCACCCACAAGCCACCCUCCCACACAGACUCAUCUUCUACAGGUACUCCCUCCUCACCAUCGCCCAACAUGCAGCAGUUGGCAAUCAGUGCGUUCGACGCCAAGUACGAGAAACGAGAGGAUCGUUCGCCGGCCGUCGCUCUCAACCAGAACUCCCUACUGGAUUCGGGAGUGGACUUCAACCCCUCCUGGGAGUUCAAUCCCACCAACUACACAAUACUCGCCGAAUGGACAGCAUCAGAACCAGAACCAAGUUACUCGGAGUUCGAUGAUGACUUUUUCCAACUAGGUUUCCGACCGCAGGAUGAGAUCACAACAGAGUUAUGAUGUCUCAUCCGUUUUGUAAUUUUAAUUUCUAGUCGUUAAGUGGACAUUUAAUUGUUCUCAACUAGUUUCCAAUUAUCAAGUAAUACAUUUUAUGUAAAUUGUAAGCAACUUAUUGAUUGAUACACUUGGCAAAUAACAGAUUAUUUUAUAAUACAAAAUAUUAAUAAAUAUCAUAUGAUGUACUAGACCACUGAUAUACAUUUCAAGUUGUGCUAAUUCAGUUUAGAGACAAAAUUGAUUAGAUAAAAUAAUUUUGCUCCAUUUUCUUAAUAUCAAAUAAAAUCUAUACGAUUCAGUUUUAACUUAAGAUAUGAAAUAAACAAAGACUAAUAUUAAGUAUAAAUUGGGUUUGAGUUGAUUUAUAUUUUCUCCACAAAAGAAACAUUUAAUAAUAGUACUAUUACUGGAAGAAAAUAUAGUAUAAACUAUAAACCACAUGAAAGUAUAUUUUAAUAUUGUUAAUUCACAAUAUUUCGAUUAAAAAUUAUUAAAAAAAUUACUAAAGUUAAUCUUUAGUAACAUGCAAAGUAUAACAUACUAUUGUAAUUUCUAUUUGUAUUCUUUGUUAGAAGAAUUAUUGAAUUCUUUGUGUGUGUUUACACAUGUUACAAAAUAAUAAGUUAUAAAACUUGAUGAAGCAAUUUAUACUUCUUAAUUAUAGUUUGUUCAAAGAAUUAAAAGUAUUUUAGAAGAAGUCUGUCACAGUAGCAUUGUCUAUGCUCUACAUUUUGUGAGUUUGGUCCUGGUUGAUUGCUUGAAGUCAUAUUGAUAUGAUGGCUCUUCAGAAAUAAGUAUUCCAAAUGAAUUCUAAGUAUUUCUUCAAAUCAGUUUAAACACACUCUAUAUCAUUAUAAUAAUAAUUGUUAGUGUUUUAACAGGUUAUUAAAUGUACUUGAAUUAGCUAAUCAUUAUUUAGCUUACUUUAGUUUGAUCACUGGGAAUUAAACGAUACAUGAAUGAAUUCAAUUCAGUAUUUUGUAUGACUGAAUUUAGUAUAUAUUGAAUUUAACCAGCCAACAGUUUAUAGGUUGUUUUCUUGUCUUGAAAUAUUUUUACAGUAAUAUUAAUUAUCAAGAUCUUUAUUUUUUGUUUCUGCUGAUGAUGGCAAGAAAAAUAAGUGUUUUAAAAUAGUCAUUUAGUACAUUAUAUCAACGUUUUUUGCCUUGCGUAUCAUUAUCACCAUAAUUCACUUAAAGUUUCUAACUUAUUCAUUUAAACAAUUUCAAAAAAUCAAUAAGCAUGAUCAGUUGGAUGUUCUAGAUAUAAAUAACAGACAAUUUGUAACGUUAUUGGUUUCAGAAUAUUAUAUUUCCAUUGCAGACGAUAUUUGUAACUUUAGUUUGUAUUCACAUUUUUACAGUUUGAAAAAUAAAAUAGUAGUAAAAUAUUAACAGAACAUCACAAUGAGCAUCUAAUAAUGCUAACAUCUCUUAGCCUAAAAACAUUUAAAGAAAUGAGAACUCCAGAUAGUCAAGAGAAGUAAAAAUGUUAUUCCAUGUUUUCCUUUGUGUUCUUUCUGCUUUAUUUUCAUAAAGUAUAAUUUAGCAAUAUAAUUAAUUUAAGGUACAAAUCUGAGUUUCCGUCAUUUUCACAGAGUACAACACUUUGUAUAUAGUGCCGUUGUAUAUUACUGUAUUUUGUAUCAAUUUUGUAUUUAGUUGCUUGAACACUACCAAAGUGUAAAAUGUAUAUAUAAAUAUAUAUCACAAAUGCUAGUCAUACAUUAGUUACAAUAUCGAGUUGUAAAACAGUUUUUUAUGAAGAGAAGUGAUGUACUUUCUUUACACUUCACAAUUCUUGUAAUUGUCUAUUGCAAGAGGCAGCAUAAGAUUAUAUUGAUCUAUUUUAAUUUAAUCUACUAUUUACCCUCAGUGCACUGUUGAUGCUAAUCAUAUAGAACUUAGUCUUGUGUUCCACAUUCUGUUUACUUGUUCGCCACUGGAAAUUAGAACUGAAUGAAAUUGUGUUCCUUUUGUAGUCUUUAAACAUUUUUUUAUGUCAUUUUGAUGUUGGCAGAAUAUAAUUUUAAAUUUCAUAGCAUUCAAGCUACAUUAUAGAAACAUAAAUGUGUGCCUUUUUAUUUCCAUAUAAUUUACAUGGAUCAAAUAGACAAAAUUGUGAUAAUAGAGAAAAGUUUUUUUGUCAUGGGACUAAAAACUAAUGCAAUGUAAAUUGUACAGAAUGUUUUUAUACCAAAUACUAAUUCUUGUAUAAAACAUUCCUUUUUUACUAAAAAUAAUGAUGAAGGUAAUAAUGAACAAAUAAGUUGUACAUUUUAACGUAUAAUCUUAUGCUGAAAAAAGGUGUGUAACAACAAUACAUGUUAAGAGCCAGCUGUACUGAUUACCAAACCAUAACCCUGCGACGAGUGCACUAUCCCCUGCAGUAACUCAUCACUGAGAAGUGAAAGCAUGCCAAUAAUUAAAUGUAGAAUAGAUUCAUCAUUACUACUAAAUAACAUCAUCAUACGUACACAGUGAUACACUCAGCUAGAAUAUCAGUAAGAAAGUAAGCUUUCAGCAGUAGAUUGACAAGUGCUGUGCUCGUUUGUUUAGUAUCAAACAACAUGCUGGGUGCACUAUUCCGGUCAUUUAACAAAAAAUAAAAAUGCCUAAUUAUGAAACAUGUAAGAAAUUUUUGUAAAACCCAUAAAGGUGAACUCUUAUAAGUUUCACAUUCAAAUUACAACACUUGAUAAAGUCUGCAACGAAUAAUAAAAAAUUCAAUAAAAAUGUAACAUUGUUUUAUGGAGGAAAACUGCAAUGUAAUGUUGUACAGUUACUCAUAACUAUUGUAUUAAUUUAGAUCAUUUCCUCCUAAAAGUUGAAAAUAGUUAAAAGAGUAGAGGUGGAAAUGCACAGUGUUGGGAGGGUUUAAUUGAUUUAGUUAUAUAUUUAUUUAUUUCAAAAAUUAAUUAAAUACUAAAAAAUAUUUUAAAAAAAUAGCAUCUUCAUUCAGUGAUUUAAUUGAUUUAUUUAGAUGUUAUGAUAGUUAAUCAUACAUAGUUAAAUAAUACAGUUAUAUAGUAAUUGAUAUAUAUUAUGUUCUAUAAAAUGAAAAUGGUUGUAUUAAUGUUUAAAUAUUAUUGUUUAUUUCUUAUAGAUCAUUUGUAUUAAAUAUGGUACAAUACAUCUGAAAUCUUUGCCAUACAGACUGAGUGGGGAAUAAUGUCUUUAUCAAAACUUUCUAGCUUAUUACUAUUUUCUACAACUAUUAAAGCUCAACCUUAUUGUAAAUGGAUUGCUCACUUUUAUAUAUGUGCACUUAUAUUCUUCGUAAUUUUUACAAAUUUUUAUGUCAUUUAUAUAGCAUAUAUAUGGUACUUUUUGAUACAUUUUUAAAGUUUUUAUACUGUAAAAAUUUAAAUUUUUAGCCUUACAGCCUUUUUAUACAAGUAAUUAAUUGCUGUUUGAACAAAUUAAUCUUGUAAAUGUCUAUAUCAUCAUUAUUCCUCUUUUAUAUAAAUUUCAAUAAAGUAUAUAUAUAUACAUUUAUUAUUAUGUACAUAUAUUAUUAUAUACAUAUAUGUAUAUAUAUAUUAUUUAUGACAUUUGAUUUACAUAUAAUAUAGUUAUUUCAAUCAUUUUAAAUUAAUAUACUAUAAAGUUGAAUAAUAUACUAUUAAAUAAUGUAAUCAGUCUUAUUUACUGUUCCUAUAUCAUUUCUAGGGCUUCACAUUUCUUGUCCAAUUUCAAAAACAAUUUCACUUAAAAACCUAAAAUUUUGAGUUGAUCUAAUUGUUUCAAUUUUGAAAUUUACUUGAAGUGUAAACAAAUUUCAUAAAUAUUUAGUUAUAUUUUAGUGGUUGUUACUGUAUUUUUAUGGAUGUCACAUACUUCUAUCAGCAUGAUAAAAUUGAAAAGAUAUAAAUUAUGUUACUUUGGGUACUGAAUAAGUAUCCAAUUAUUUAAAGCUUCUAAAAUUGGACAUAACACUUUUUCACUAUUUUGAGUGUUAUAUCAUAAUAUAGAUUUUAAUUUUUUUUUGUAUUGUGACUUAACACCCUUAAUGGUACAAAUGGUGUUCUGUAGCAGUUUCAUAUUCAAUUAAGUGCAAAGUUUGUUCUUUGUAGUUUGAUUUCAAUGAUGGAAAAAAAUAAUUAAAUCAAUAUAAUUUAACUGCAUAACAUGAAUAUUACAUUGUAUGAUAAGUAACAGGCUAAUCAAAAUCAUUCAAGUAAAAUACAUCCAAAAAGAACAAUUAACUAUUCAUUUUAUAAUUACCAUUAUUGUAUAAAACUGACUAACUACAGGGCCAUUAAUAGUUCUGAUCUACUUGACAGAUUUAAUUUAAAAUGGUAAAUUGGAAAGAGUUGCUUAAAAUUUACCAAAAUGUAAUUUAUGUUGACACAGUUUUAAUAUUUAAUAUAAAUAUAUACAAAUAAAAUCUUUAAUUUUCCAGCAAAAUGUGACUGCAAAACAUCUCGAACCAAUUUUAAUGUGUUAUUUUAUGAUAUGUAAUUUUCUUUAAGAAGUCUCGAACAUUUGCACUUACUAAAUCUACCGUAGAAAUGAUAUGAAAGGAGUUUUUUUAACUAAAAUAAAAUAACAAAGCUUGAAUAAUAUUAUCAUGAAAAAAAUCUAAAAUUUUACAUUUUGACACUUUUUAUCUAAUAAAAUAAUAAAUCAUACUAUAAAACUAUUUUGCUAUGUGGUUUUGUUACACCCACGAUAAUAUAGCAAAAGGUUCCAUUAGGUAAAAUAUCAAUCUUUCAUAUACACAGUGCUGAAAACUCUUCAUCUUAGAAAACAAAUGAUAUUGUAUAUCUUGUUGUAUACACAUAGUGCAGUAUUUGAAUUUAAUUUUUCUACAUACAUAUAAUUAAGUGCAUAAUAAAGUUGAACAAAAUAUUACAGAAGCUGUGAACUUAUCUCGGAACCAUUCCGUGAUAUGUGUUCAGUGGGCUAUCGACAGAAUACAAAUUUUUUUAAAUACAUAAAAUGUAAGAGGGUUGCUUGUAUUUUUAUGAGUUAGUUAUUAUAAAAGGAUUUCCUAAGAACAUUCAGAAGUUGUAACAUUAAUUUUUGUAACAGACUUUUAAAUGGUUGUGAUUUUUUUAAACAAAUCUUUGAAAGACACAUUAUUGUGAUCAUUGUAAUUGUUAAGUAAUAAUCUCUUCUCAAUUCAUCCCAAUCGCUUGUAUAAUUUUGUAUCAUUAUUUUCAUAUUUAUAAUAGUUAUUGUCAAACUAACUGUUUUGUAUAAUAUGUUGUUUGUUUAUAUUUUUGUGUAAAUACUUUUGUAUAUUCUAGUGCCUUUGUUAUUUUAUUGUCAAUUGAUAAAUAAUUACCAAUUACAGUAUUAUUACUUA